CAGCAGCGUCGCCGCACGUAGCCCGCGGCCGCAGAGCCCACAACAAGAUGACGGCAACGAGCGUGCGUCGACGGCGGCCUCCGGGCAAGCCUUCCUCGGGAUUCUUGACCAGUCGGGCCAGCUAGGAACUGAGAGCGCGUUCACCCCCGCUGUCGGCCGGGGUGACCCGCAAGCCCCGUCUCGCUGUGCAGCGAUGCGGCCGGACGUAGAAGAGAGCGGCGGCCCCUUCUUCCGCUGCUGGAUUACCGUCUGCUGCUGCUUCUCGCUGGUCGUCGUGUGCGUCGCCGAUCCCGGCUCGCACGCAGACCCGGGCCGCGGAGGAGGGUGCGAGUUCCCUCAGCGCUGGCGGGGCGUCUGGUUCCAGAAGGGUGCCCACCCGGCCAUCAGCAUAGAGCGCACGCAGAUCACAUUCAAGGGAACCUGCGUCCAAGCAGACGGAGACAUGUUCCUCAUAGAAGACAGGAGGGAGCGGUGUUUUCGUUGCGUUGCCAUCUACGAGAAGCACGAGAAUGUUCUUCAGUACCGAGAAACCUACUGUGACGAAUUCGACAACCUCAAGGAAGCCUGUCACCUGCUGAACGUGGACGCCCACCUGCAUUCGUUGUUCAGGGUGGAGGCAUCUCCGGUGGCGUGUCCGUUCCGGGGCCCGCUGACGUUCACGUACAACCGCGGCCACGGCGAGUGCCGGCACCCAGUAUCCACGGUGGACUCCUGCUCCGCCGACUGGCGCAUACUCUUCAGAUUCCAGGCCUGCGCCGACGUCCAGGGCACCGAGAGCAGCGUGGAAGAGCUGACGUGCCUGGCGACGUGGAAGGAAGGCUCGGCCUACUAUCUCGUCGGCAAGAUGGUCCAGCGAAAACUGCACGCGCUGCCUUACUCGGACGGGGACAGCUAUCGCUGCUUUGUGUACGAGCACGUGGGCCACCAGAACACGUUCCGGGUGUCGCAGUCGCCGGACGCCACCUGCGACGGCCUCGUCUCCGCCUCCGAGGGCUCGCGCAUCAUGACACUCACCAAGAGCCGGCAGCCGAGCGCAGGCUGCCACUUCCCGCCGUGGAGCGCGUCGGGUUCCCGUCGCUGGCACAGCCUGGACGGUCGGCGCAGCUUCGUGUUCGGCUCGCGGCAGAUGCGCGUCCACCGGGCGCAGCACUCGUCGGGGGAGACGCAGCAGCCCGAGCUGCGCGUCACGUGCAUCCAGGAGCUGGCGCAGGGCACCAACGCCAGCACCCUCAUCGGGUACAGCACCUCCGGCUGCAACAAUGGCUACGUUUGCGUGGCUAUCCACCGGAGAGACUCGCAUGUAUUGGAAAUUCAAAUGGGUGAGCUGAGCCGAACAGCGCGGGACGCCUGCGUGCCACCCGCGUUCGACCCAGAGUCACAGGAUUUCAUCACAUUGCUGGCGCUGUCGGCGCCGUUCGGGAGCGACGGUUCUGCGUUGUCGCACCCGUGCCCGGCGCUGGCGCUCACUGACGGCCUGCGCGCCACGGGUCGGGCCUCGUGGAAGCCCGACGGGUGCCGGGACGUGCUCGGCUGUCGGCGCCACAGCCACCUGGAGUUCCGGGCCGCGGGAUGCGGCAGUGAAGAGCAGGUCUCGCCGGCUGCAGCCACGUCGUCGGCGGCCGCUACUCCCCACGCUCUGGUCGCCAGCCGGACGUUCCAGUGCCACGGUGGUUGGCAGGAAAACGGCCGGAACUACCUCAUCACGGGUCUUAAGGGCUCAAAGGACAAAUUCUGCUUCGUGUUCUCCGAGGCGGACAAGGUGACCCAGCUGUCCGGCCUGCACGACACGUGUCGUCGCACGGUGUUGCCUGGCGUCACGGGGAACAUCACUUUCAACAUCAGCGCCGCAGGUGACUGCGACUUCCAACCUAGCGGAGCGCCGUGCCCGUCGGCCAGUGCGGUGUCGUCCAUCAUUUCGCUGCUCGCGGCGCUGCUCUGCCUGUGGAGAUGGAUGCAGCCGCGGUGACGGUCUCGAGCGAGAGACCGAUCCGCUGCCGCCGUGCCUGCACCCCGAGACCAGCCCCGCCCGCCGGAAGAUUGCGCCCGGAGGACGACCACCACCUACCGACAAGACGACGUCCCAGAGAGCGUGACGUCACAACCCUUCGGUGUUUGUCUGUGUCUGUGCGAGCGCUAGGUGACCACCGAACAGUCCACAGUGUCCCGCGGCAGGUCUGCGCUCCCCUCUUGGCGUGAUGGAACAAACGUGCUGGAAGAACGCCGUGCGCGCUCUCUAGCGUGUUCUCGCGUUCCCAAGGAUCGCUAGGAGACCCUGUGAGCAAAGCGGCCCGUUGAAGGCGUCACACGCGCAAAUCACCACCCCAGUUACAGACACCGUUGUGCACCAAAGCUCCGUAACAAGCCUGUCGACCAUCAGCUCUCCGCGAUGCGUUGGCUCGCAGCGCCCGGUGGCGGCAGCGCCAACAACUCUUGCGGCCGUGUGGGUGACGUGUGUUUGACUUGUGGGAGACCUUUGGGUGACCUUUUCGGUGAUGUGCGUGUCACUACGACGAGCUAAGGCCCCUGCUCCAACCAGCGUGAUGAGGUGAUAUCUCGGUACGUCAUGAGGGGACAGAUUAGCUGUGUAUAUGUUUCGAUCGCUGUUUAGCGGUCAGAUGCAACCAGCACGCAAAAAAGGAGCUUUUUGCAGAAAGAUAGCCAUCGCGCAUGCGCCCAAAACGUGGUUGCAGAUACGCCAGCGUGCAGGUAGAAGCGAAGCGCAGCUCCAGAUGCAAGUGCGCAGAUAAGAUAGCUCCAAAACAUAAAAAUAGUGCUUCUUUUUCUUUAUGUGUGAAACCUGGCGCACUGCAACCAGCUUCCGGAGUUGCAAUUGCGUCCAAUACGUGUGUUCUGUAAGGACACUUUCGAGAAAAAAAAUGCUACUAUACGCGAUCGCUACGUUGUCAAUAUUUUUAAUAUACCAACAAUCAAAUAAGGGCCUCAAAAAUGCAAUACGAUCGAAUCGUUUCUUUUUAUUGCUCCAUGUACGUAAACGAUAAAUAAGCGCACAUAUUUUUGAGAGACAUUGCGGCCGCAAUCCUUAUUUCAUACGAGAGACGCUGUGGCGUUAUAGCCGCUUAGAAUAGGCUCUAACCGAGAAUUUUCUGUUAUUAAGGCGCAUAUCAAAAAGUCUAUUCAGUUAGCACGUAAAACAAUCGUUGCACCAAGUAGCUUCAUGCACGAUGCAUUCUGCCCAGAAUUAAGUUUUGAAAAACUUCGCUAAUUGCCGCGUGAUUUCUUUUUCUUUACUUCUUUUUUUUUCCUUUUGCGUUUACAACAGGGCAUACUUAUGCAAGCUGCAUAAUCAGUAUAACUUUUUGUCCUGACGCGGAGUAGCGCUCCGCCGACACCACUGAGUGCAAGCAGGCGGAAUAAACACCGGACGAGGAACUCACAUUUCACGAGCUCAUGUCGCCAAUACAAGGCGAUCAAUGGCAGUUUCGUCGGGCUUGACGAAAUGAACGGAGAGAAGUGGUGGUCACGAGAAUUAGCGGUACGGCGGCACAGUCUUGAUUCUCCGGUCGGCAGCUACAUACCGUAUGCAUCGUGUUAAUGACGGCACGGAUAAAUUCUUCAAUUCUUCUCCUGUCUGAAUUACGAAUUUCAGAAUGCACAGUCUAGUGUCGCUAUCUGUAGACAGAGAGAGAAAAAAGACGUUCAUCAGUAGACGAUGUCCGAAAAGAUGCGUACCGUUUUGCCCAUUCCAAAUAACAAAACUUUUCCGCUAUCGCAAGUUCCCUGUGCUCUAAGCAACGUUGCACGGCAGGUAAAUCCCCGUCCUUGCAAAGGAUGGUGUCAGCGCCUUUUGCCUCAGGAUUUCUUUUCGUAAAGCACCGUCGCAGGCGAUGGCACGCUUUAUUUUUGUUAAUGCACGCAAUUACCUCAAUGAAGUAGAGACGUUCAACAAGACUGAACAUGCGAGAUCAAACCCCCCAAUGAUGUGCAGGGCACACCAUAUUCGUCGCCAUUAAGGAUAUAACACUCAGCAUACUGCAACGCAACACAGCACGUCCUGCCGAGAUCUAAAAAAAUAAUAAUAAGAUAGGUAAGACAUCAGGCAAAAUAAGAAAAAGAGCUUGGUUGCGCAUCCCACCGCUCCCUGUUAAAUGGGACGUUCAUAGCCUCCAUCCAACCAUCCCCAGCUACCUAUAAGCGUGGAUAUUGUGGAUUUUGGAAAAAUCUUGCAAUUGGAAAUUUCCGUCUUCCUCAGUUUUUGCGCUGCUAUCCGGCGGCGCUCAGUCGCCGUUCUUCUAGCUUUUGUGACAACCACGAAACAGGCGAGAUCGAUGCUCUUCGCGGAGCUAUUUUAAACUUUAUGUUCUGGUCACCUUGCUCGCGUCUGUCUUCUUUUGCUUUGUUGAGGCAUGUGCGGGCUCAGCUACAAACCAGAACUGCGUUAAAGGGAACUGAUGUUACUAUGUGGCGCCAUCUGUUACCAGCUCUGCGUAGUGAUAGUCCUGUGUGCUCAAGGAGGUUGUGCGCGACCACACCACACAAUACAGUGGCCGCGUAACAUGGAACUUUCUAGAGCCUAGGUCGAAUACCGACGCACGAAUAUUGUGGGCACAGGGCAUAGCGCGUAGAUUUGGAUGCUUUGGCGAGGUACCUCAAACAUGGUCCAGAACGGGCUGCCUCACGGCACCAGAUGGCGUAAUUUUCUUCUCCCUAAAACAUGUAGCAGUGAUCUCGCAGUUGUGCGCAAUUUGUGAUCGCUUCCCUAAGCGAAGCGCCGCCCGAGUAACUGUUUGCGCGACUAUCGCCGUCUUCGGUCAAGGAGGGCUGCCCGCCAUGUGAUCUGAAUCGCUCUAUGCACAAAACCCCUCCGAGAACGUCGCUGGCGCUUUGAUCGAGAAAUUGUCCUCAAUGUGUUCCCGAGACCGGCGUCCUUUGAACAUUCCAACCUUUUGUCCACAGUGCGAACAAUACGCAAAUUAGGACCGCAUUGCGACAUUCGUGGCUGAUUAGAAUUCAGGUCCCAGGCUUUUCCGUCGACUGAGUUUUGUAGUUCGCGAACUUUACAUCUGGUAAAGCCGUAAUUGUCCCCCGAGCAGUCCAAGAAUAUUGCUUCAAAAUGAGGUGACUGCGUUGAAAAACAGUUAAAUAUGAGCCUCAUCAGUGAGGGUACUGUACCAUUAAUUGCGGCACCAAAGCGGACUAGCCAACUUUAAAGGCAGCAGAAAAAUGCAUAAGGCGCGCUCAUUAUAUAGUCCACGGUCUGCUGCUUUAUUUUCUGUCCUCCACUGAAAGGAAUUUCGUCGCGAUGCGAGAAAAAGGAAUAAUAAACUGCCUUUGUGAAUUACAAGGGCACUUAGAAAAGAAGAAGCGUUAUGGUAAAAUAAGAAGGGCAAUUUAUUGCACUGUGCUAUUCUAGUCGGCAUAUCGCGCGAUGCUUUCUAGUCCAAGGACACGUGGGGCUACUUAGAUGCUGCGAGCUGUCAAUCUUUAGUCAUUUUGAAAUGUUUUGUUUUAUAUUGUGUAAUAAAGAGAUAUAGUUGGUUAUAGAGGUUCUUUCUAUGAAUUCGUUCACUAGAUAUCAUUAUUCACGGGCCUUAUGUGCAAUCAUGGCACUGUUUUUCACGUUGAUUUAGUUGAUGGCGAAAUUUGUUACGAUCACGCCAUCAAUAUAUAUAUAUAUAUAUAUAUAUUUGUUUUCUUUGACAGCGGUGCCAGCAAAAUAAGGCGCCAAGCGAAACACACUGACAGUUUUAUUGUCUAAACAUGUUUCAGUAGAGCUGUGCUAACGCCUUGCUGCUAGGCUAGGGUGAAAGUGAUACCAGAAAUUAGGAACUGCCACACAUUCAAACACGCAAUGGUGAAAGUGAUAUCAGGAAUUAGGAACUGCCAGGCAUUCGAGCACACGAUGUGCGCCGCAGGUUUGUUUUCAGAUGAUUGCAGAAGGAGGCUGUAGACGUUACCUUAAGGGUGUAUCGGCCCAGUAUGCAAAUCUACUUUCUCCGGCUAGCAACGAAUAGUCCGCUAAAGCUACGUCGUCACUCAUUCGAGACGACUCUUCAUAUUGAAUAGCCAAGAGCACUGAUUUAGCACCGUCUAGACUUGCCGAGAGGGCUCAAGUCAAACACAAAAUGCGUGUACGUACACCCAUUAAAAACACUCCAGUGCGAGCAAUAUGUUCACUUUACGACGAGUUCAAUGUGAUGCUGUUGCAACGGAAAGCUUUUUUAGCUGCAUCAUCAUGCCAGUGUCGGCACAGCGACGCUCACAUAGGCACGUACUCAGUUUAGAUCUACAUUUGCUUGGCUCCCGAGUGAUGUCACAAUGAGCACGAUGCCAUAAACAAACCAAAAGCAAUCGAAAUUGAGGUCAGACGCAUUGAUUCCAUAGGGCCAGCAAUCGCUCAUUAAACUAACAAACGACAAAAUCACGGCUGUCGAAAAUGUGUCCUGUGAGCUUUAAACAUGAGACUGUAGGAGAAUUCAGUUCAGGCCGUCGUGGUGUACAUUAGUAACGCAUAAAUGUCUGACAGUGACAUUCGCGAGGAAUAGUUAAGAGACCACGGAAGCAGCGAAAUUUUUCACUUUUCUUCUGGGGCGACCGUAUAGUCCUGAUACGAGACAUGCAGUAUAUUUUUCCAGCACGCACGUGCGUAUUGCGUCACUAUUUCAGGCUGUGUGUCUAGGCUACGAAACGAAGCUUUUCUUCGCGACACCGGUGGUAUGUAAACGAUUGCUUCCGACUAUAGAUCGAAAGGACCAAUAUUACGAGGGCAUGCUAUCGCGAGGCCUUUACGAAUAUUAUGCUGUCAGAUAUACGGAUUAUAGAAGGUGUGCCUAGAAGCUAA